CUCGCCAUCUUGCGCCCCCACCCCCACCCCUUCAGCCUAGCCCAGUCACCUUUUUCCCUGUCUACACUCUCUGUCCCCCCCAUUCCCCGCCCCCCUGCCCAUCGUGUCCCGGGGCCGCCGCCGCCGCCGCAGACAGCGCGCGCCAUCUCUGUCCCCUCUCUUUCUCCACGCGGGACGCGCAGACGUGCCUCCACGUGUCCUUAAGCAGAGAUGAAUAAUACUGCAGCUAGCCCGAUGUCUACCACCACUUCAAGUAGUGGACGAAGUACAGGGAAGGCUGUAAGCUUUGCUGCAGAAUUGCAGAGCAUGAUGUUUUCUUUAGGUGAUGCUAGGAGACCUCUCCAUGAAACAGCAGUUUUAGUAGAAGAUGUGGUUCACACACAACUAAUUAACCUGUUACAGCAAGCUGCAGAAGUCUCUCAGCUCCGGGGAGCAAGAGUGAUCUCUGCUGAAGAUCUUCUGUUCUUGAUGAGAAAAGAUAAGAAAAAACUUAGAAGACUUCUGAAAUACAUGUUUAUCCGAGACUACAAAUCAAAGAUCAUCAAAGGCCUUGAUGAGGAUGACCUCCUGGAAGAAAAGCUGAGUGGCAGCAGCAGUACAAACAAGAGACAGAAGAUCGCUCAGGACUUGAUCAACUCUAUUGACCAGACAGGAGAGCUUCUGGCAAUGUUUGAAGACAACGAACUUGACGAUGUUAAACAGGAAAGAAUGGAGAGAGCAGAAAGACAGACUCGAACUAUGGAUUCAGCUCAAUAUGCAGAAUUCUGUGAAAGCCGACAGCUAAGUUUCUCCAAAAAAGCUUCCAAAUUUCGAGAUUGGCUGGACUGUGGCAGCAUGGAGAUAAAGCCCAAUGGUACAGCUAUGGAGAUUCUGGCAUAUUUAGCGUAUGAAACAGUAGCACAGUUAGUGGAUCUGGCUCUUCUCGUGAGGCAGGAUAUGGUAUCCAAGGCAGGGGACCCCUUCAGCCACGCCAUUUCUGCAACCUUCAUUCAGUAUCACAGCUCUGCUGAGGGGUCCUGUUUGAAGUCCUGCCCAGACUCUCCUGAGAGCACACCGCCUCCUACACCAACAGCGCCCUCUUCUGGAUCACAGCAUUCCGGGAGAGCCACAUGCGGAUCCCUGGGGAAUGGGAGUGCUGGACAAGACUCCACUAAAAGCAAGCAGAGGAAGAGGAAGAAGAGCACUGUGGCCUGUGGUGUUGAGGCUCACAGCGAUGCCAUCCAGCCCUGCCACAUCAGAGAAGCCAUUCGACGCUACAGCCACAAGAUUGGCCCUCUUUCCCCAUUCACAGUGAAGCCACUGACACUGAAGGAAGAAGGGAUGCUGUGCAGAGAUGCUGCUGUGCAGACACUGCUGUGAGGGAGACGCUGGAGUAAACCUCUGAGUUUUAUUUCUCUGUGCCCGUCAGAGUAAACCAAGCCAACUCAACACUUCCUGUCUCUGUCCUCAUCACAGGUAUAGGCAUUGACCCAUCUGCUCCCAAAAUAAGCUUCUUACUUCAGUUCCUUGGAGUCUGGCUAAGCAACCAGACUGCUAAUACCUAGACAGUGAUCACUUUGGCUCCUGAAGGCCCAUCUCUGACAUCCUUGCUCAACUCAUCAGCCUCUUCAUGUUCUGGUCAGAUGCUCUUUACUUGGGGGCACACACAGUCAAGUUUGAGCUGAGACCUCAGAGCAUUUCAGUUCCUAACCAGAGUCCCCAUAGCCAGCAUGAGAACAGCACACACCAAUUUCCUAUGGAGACCUUGGUUCUCUAAAUGUCUACUUUUGAAGGAAGAAGAUUGAGUUUCAUCUGUAUUGAGUAAGAAGAGCGUAAGCUUAAAAGUAUUUUAUGUUUCCAUCACAAUUUAUUCUGUUUAGCAUAAAUCACCAGAGCCAACCAUAACUUCCCACUAGCUGGAGCUUUCUCAGUCAGUCACAUUACAUGCAUGUCAGAGACACCUUCCUACAAGUCCCUCAAGGUCCGUAGUUUAGAAACGCUGGGGCUUCCUUCCCUUCACCCACUCAACACCUCCGGAAAUAUAUGCUAAUUGGAACAAAAACGACCUGCUUGCCCAACAGGGUUAGACCCCUCUUAACACAAGAUUAAUGAGAGCGAAGUUUAAGGAAAAAAUAACAUUUCUUCAGCAGCCCAAGAGGAGACGCCAAGUAAAAGCCAGCAAUCCCGAUUAGUCCUUUCAAAAGCUCCUCUUUCCUGAUCUCAUACAUUCAGGCUGGCGUCAGCCACCCCUGCCAACCUCUGGCUCAGCCUUCUUCCCUGUGCAGAAAUGCCGUCAUGGUCCAUUUGGACUGUUGUCAACUUGACAACAAUGUACAAUCACCUUCCAAGAGUCUCAGUGAGGGAUUACUGGAUGAGGUCAGUCUCUGGGCAUACCUGUGAGGGACUUCCUUUAACUGGGAACAUUGAGCUGGGGUGACCCAUACUGAAUGUGGGUAUCACCGUUCCCUUUAUGGGUCCUGAAUUACGUAAGCAUUGGGAAGGGGAGCCGAGCAGUGGGCACGCAUACAUCCAUGUUCUUUCUGCCCUCAUCAGGCUGCCUUGACUUUGCUGAAAUGACAGACUGUAGCCUGGAGUUGUAAGAUUAACAAACCCUUUCUCCCCGAGGUUGAUUUCCUGUGGGGUGUUUUACCACAACAGCGUAGCGGGAUAGGACCCACACCACAAUUUAGUUAAUUUCUGAACCAGCACAGUCGGAGACGAGCGACAAUAAUGAAGGCCAGCACCAGCGACGGCACUAAAGUCAGUCUAACGCCGCUCAGGAGUGUGCGCUUUCGACCUUAGGAAUUGUCCCUAGACUUUCCACUUAAUUCUCUCAAGUCUUUACCGCGGAGAGAGUGGCCCUGUGGAAAGUAAACACUUUUCAUUAUUGGGACUCAAGUGCUUUCGUCCUUUUGAUUUGUUUUUCUUUUUGCUUCUAUUUCAUCUUUUUUGUGUUCCAUGCUAUCAAGAAACAGCAGACAGUGGGAGUUCAUUUAUUACAGUUUAAAAACCGUCUCCAGUGAUGACAAACUCUUAGAUUCUUUUGUUUAGAGUAAUAUUUUGGUCAAAUGCCUAAAACAGUUCUCUUUGUUUGGGUGUUUUCUUCCCUCUGAAAGCCAGAAUAGGCUAACACUGUAGCAGAUUGCAGGCACACAGGCACCAAGUGCCGGGUACUUCAGCUGGAAGACGCUGAGCGUUGGGAUGCCACGAAGGAGAAAGUACCUGCUAGCAACCCACCGAGCUCCAGCCCUCCCCAGGGAGCACAAGGGCCAGCCUUACCCGACUCUUGCUGUCCGUAUAAAAUCGUUUGUUUCGGUGACCACGGUGCUUAGGGACCUAAGGCAGGCGGGAUGACAGUGCCAGAGAGGCAGAUGGAGUAAACAAGACACCUAGACAAUGCUGGCUCAGCUGGGCUUGCAGCCACCCAGUUAUGUGAUGAACUGUAUGAGAGCAGACUGCAGUCAGACGUUAACAUGCACACCCGCAAACAGCCAUCUCAGACCUCUAAUCUCACUUUAUGACCAAGCUAUAAUUACAUUACAGCGAUUACUUGGAUAUUACAUUUUUAUUACAGUUAUGUCAUGACGUCUACUAGGAAAAAUAUAUGCCUACUUUAACCAAUAAAAUUCUUAAUGACUCAGUUAAGCUGUGUCUACAUGAAACCCAUGACUUAAGCAUUGGGGUCAAAAUAAUUUUUAGGGCCUGGGGGAAGUAGAGAGUUAAUCCCCAUCUACCUGACUGCCUCAGCCUCCAGAGAAAAAUGUCUGUUGUGUGAUAUAAUUCUAGAAAUUAAAAAGUUCCAGGCUAGGUGAUACAGGGAGUUGUAAGUGUUAUGUUUAAAGGCUGAAUGUAUAAGCCAUCUUCAGUUAGCCAAUUCCAGCUGGUAAGAAAAAAGUGGACCUAGAGUGGGGGGCAGUGCUGGAGAGAUAGCAGAACAAUUAGGAACAUUUGCUUGCUCUUCCCAAGGACCCGACUUCUUCCCAGCACAGAUGUCAGGUGUCUCACAACCAUCUGUUAACUCCAGCUCUGAUGGAUCUG